AUGGCGUCAUCAACGGCUCUGAUUUGCGAGACCGCGGCGUGGAACGAUUUGAAGGGGCAUGUUGAAGAUAUUAAGAAGACUCAUUUGCGUGAUUUGAUGAGUGAUGCCAAUAGAUGCCAACAGAUGAUGUUGGAAUUUGAUGGGCUGCUCUUAGAUUAUUCUCGACAGUGUGCAACUGUUGAGACAAUGAACAAGCUUUUGAACUUGGCAAAGGCUGCAAAGUUAACAGAGAAGAUCAGCCGCAUGUACAACGGGGAGCAUAUUAACAGUACGGAGAACAGGUCGGUUCUUCAUGUGGCUCUCCGUGCUCCAAAGGAUGCAGUUAUUAAGACUGAUGGAAAGAAUGUGGUUCCAGAAGUGUGGAGCGUUUUGGAUAAGAUCAAGGAAUUUUCCGAGAAAAUUCGCUCUGGUUCAUGGGUUGGAGCUACUGGCAAACCGCUAAAAGAUGUCAUUGCAGUUGGUAUUGGUGGUAGCUUCUUAGGUCCACUUUUUGUGCACACUACUCUCCAAACAGAUCCGGAAGCUGUAGAGUGCGCCAAAGGACGCCAGCUGCGAUUCCUUGCAAAUAUUGAUCCUGUUGAUGUUGCUAGAAAUGUCAAUGGACUGAAUCCAGAAACUACCCUAGUUGUGGUGGUCUCAAAAACAUUUACAACGGCUGAAACAAUGCUGAAUGCUAGGACAUUGAGGGAGUGGAUUACAACUUCUCUUGGGGCUCCGGCUGUUGCAAAACACAUGGUUGCUGUCAGCACUAAUCUUGCGUUAGUGGAGAAAUUCGGUAUUGACCCGAACAAUGCAUUUGCAUUUUGGGACUGGGUUGGUGGAAGAUAUAGUGUUUGCAGUGCCGUUGGAGUCUUACCUCUUUCUCUACAGUAUGGCUUCUCCGUGGUUGAGAAGUUUUUGAAGGGAGCUUCAAGCAUUGAUCAGCAUUUCCAAUCAACACCGUUUGAGAAGAAUAUACCCGUGCUAUUAGGCUUGUUGAGUGUAUGGAAUGUAUCAUUUCUUGGAUAUUCUGCCAGGGCCAUCUUACCUUACUCUCAAGCCCUUGAGAAAUUUGCUCCGCACAUCCAACAGGUCAGUAUGGAGAGUAAUGGAAAGGGAGUCUCAAUCGAUGGUCUACCUCUCCCCUUCGAGACUGGUGAGAUUGAUUUUGGUGAGCCUGGAACGAAUGGUCAACACAGCUUUUACCAACUAAUUCACCAGGGACGCGUAAUCCCUUGUGAUUUCAUUGGCACUGUGAAGAGUCAGCAACCUGUGUACCUGAAGGGAGAGGUUGUCAAUAACCAUGACGAGCUCAUGUCCAACUUUUUCGCCCAGCCUGAUGCUCUCGCAUAUGGAAAAACACCUGAACAGUUGCAGAGAGAGAAUGUUUCAGAAAAUCUCAUUCCUCACAAGACAUUCUCCGGAAAUCGACCUUCUCUUAGCCUUCUACUUCCAGAAUUGAGUGCAUACAAUGUUGGCCAGUUGUUGGCAAUCUACGAACACAGAGUCGCCGUUCAAGGCUUUGUGUGGGGUAUCAAUUCAUUUGACCAGUGGGGAGUUGAGCUAGGGAAAGUUCUAGCUACUCAGGUGAGGAAACAGCUUCAUUCAUCACGUACUCAAGGAACCGCUCUCGAGGGAUUCAAUUUCAGUACCACGACGCUUUUGAAACGAUACCUCGAGGUAAUAAUGUCUUAA